GCCUCUCCUUGUAUUUAAGUCCUUGGCAAUGGCAAGAGACUAUGAAACUGAGGCUUCAACUCUGUCUUUGGGAACGAACUUGGAGCAAACAGCGUGGUCUUUCGGAGGAUGGCUUCUGCGUCGAACCUCAAAUCCCACUUCCGUGCUCGUUCCAUCAGCUUGCCUUCUAAACAUCACCCACUCAUUCGUAAAGCCGACGAGCAAUUGGAUAGACUGAGAUGCUCGGAUGCCGCAUCAUCUCCCUCGCUGUCAUUGGCAAGCAGCAGGAUAAGCUGUCUCAGAGAAGUCUACAAUUCUCUGGACGACUCGCUUCUGUUGCUCUAUUCCAAACAGUGCUUUGCCCAUGAAGAAUGCCGCAACGAGCUGCUGGACCAAUUUCUCAGGCUCUUGGAUUUGUGCAGUAGCAUGAAGGACGUGAUUGUACAGACCAAUGAAAGUGCGCAUGAACUUCAAUCGGCUCUGCGCGACGAAUUCGGGCUCAGAAACGAGGUGGCACGAUACUUGACCUCCGGGAAGAUGGCGAAGAAGAUGAUCAAAGGAUGCUUGAAAAACUUGAAGAGCUCACAUGACUUCUCUCCUUCGGACCCGGACGACAUGGUGCUGGUUUCCAUGUUGAGAGAAGCUGAGGAGAUUGCUCUAGCAACAUUCGAGUCUUUGUUGCACUUGUUAAAUGGGACAAAGGCACAGGACAAGAGAAGAGGCUGGCCUUUAGUUUCCAAGUUGAUGCAUUCCAAAAGGGCCGAAGCCGAGGGGAGAGUAACGGGUGAUGAGUUCUCGACGGCAGAUGCUGCAGUGGACUCCCUCCUUGGCAGCAAGUUGGUAACGUUCGGUGAUCCAGGGGAAGAUCUAAAGCAAAUGUUGAGGGCUAUCGAGUCAAGCAUUCAGGGUCUCAGUGAAGAUCUGGAGCGCCUGCAAAGGCAUUUAAUCAAAACCAGGGCAUCCCUUCUCAAUAUGUUGAUUCACUAA